CUCUGCGAAUACGUUUCCGUUCUUGAGCUAAGCUUAUUGCAUGAGCGUCAUCAAUGGAGGUUAUGUCGAGCACAACGAGCGUCUCCUUAGAUUACUCAAUGUGUGCAGAAGAGCUCCUUCGCUUGCGAGAACCAAAGCCCUUCACGCGCUUACCAUCACGUUACAUUUCUCCUUGCAUCAGCCCGUCUUUGUCGGCAACAACAUCGUCCAUAUAUACGCAUCGCAGGGCGAGUUUUCGUCCGCAGCCAAGGUAUUCGACAAAAUGCCUGAGAGAAAUGCUGUGUCCUUUAACACGAUGAUCGGUGCGUAUAGCAAAUGUGAGGAUGUGGAGAAAGCUUUUGAUGUGUUCUCUGACAUGAGAGCUUUUGGAUAUUUGCCAACUCAGUCUACAGUUGCCGGGUUAUUGUCCUGUACGUCGUUGGAUCUUCGCGCUGGGGUCCAGUUGCACGGUUUGAGCUUGCAAAAUGGCUUGCUUUGGGCAGAUGCGUUUGUGGGUACUUCUUUGCUAUGCUUGUACGGGAGGUUUGGAUUACUGGAAAAUGCGACACGGGUUUUCGAAGCCAUGUCCACCAAGAGCUUGGUGACAUGGAAUUCGAUGAUGUCUUUGUUGGGACAGAAUGGGUUUAUCGAUGAGUCUCUGUCUUUAUUCCGUGAGCUUGUUCGAAUGCAGGCUUCUUUAUCUGAGUGUUCUUUGUUGGGUGUUUUGUCUGGUUUAUCAAGUGAAGAGGACUUGGAAAUUGGAGAACAGUUGCAUUGCUUGGGCGUAAAGAAAGGACUUGAUCGUGAAGUUUCUGUUGUCAAUUCUCUCAUCAGUGCAUAUGGAAAAUGCUGCAAUGGACGCGCUGCAGAGAAAAUUUUCGAGGAGGCAGUUUCAAGGGAUACAAUAUCGUGGAAUACCAUAAUUAGUAUAACUGCCAAAAGCGAGAACCCUUUGAAAGCAUUAACAAUCUUCGCCAGUAUGUCAGAGCAGGGAGUUUCGGCAAACGAGAGCACCUUUGUCGGUGUUGUAAACUCUUGCGCUCGUGUGGAGAUGUUGAAGUUUGGACGCACAAUUCAUGGCAUGGUGAUUAAGAAGGGUUAUGGAACUGAUGUCUUUGUAGGGAGUGCUUUGAUCGACUUAUAUGUUAAAUGUGAUAAUUUGGAAGAUUCCCGGCUAUGCUUUGAUGAUAUAUGUGAGAAGAAUGUCGUUUCUUGGAAUUCGCUGAUUUCAGGUUACGCCGACAAGAACAGUUCUGAAGUCUGUAUCUCUUUGUUCUUGCAUAUGCUUCGGCUUGGUUUCAGGCCAAAUGAGUUUACAUUUUCGUCUUUUCUCAAAACCUGUGGUUCCCCCGAGAUUAAGCAGCUUCACUCUGUGGUAAUAAAGACGGGUUACGAGGAAAAUGACUAUGUCUUGAGCUCCCUUAUCUCAUCGUAUGUGAAGAACGGACUAAUAAGUGAUGCUUUGGUCUUGCAUGAUGGUUCUACCGCAAGAUUUUUCGUGGCCCCUUCAAACAUUAUUGCUGGAAUGUACAACAGAUCGGGUCUUUACCUUGAAUCUUUGAAGCUGAUUUCAAUGCUCGAAUACCCAGAUGAUAUAUCCUGGAAUAUUGCCAUUGCAGCUUGUUCGCGUGCCGCAAAGCACAGCGAGGCUCUUGAACUUUUCAAACACAAGCUUCAAUCGCGCAUCUUACCGGACAACUACUCCUAUGCUAGCGUCUUAAGUACGUGCACUGAGCUUUGCGAUCUUGCGGUUGGAAGUUCUAUCCACUGCCUGAUCGCUAAAACGGGUUUCCACCGUGCUGACGCAUUCGUGUGCAACCUGUUGAUUAACAUGUAUGGGAAAUGUGGAAGUAUCAGAAGUGCGGUAAAAAUCUUUGACGAGGCAAGAGAGAAGAACCUCGUGACAUGGACUGCGUUGAUAUCGUCCCUCGGGAUCCAUGGAUACGCUCACGAGGCAUUCAAGAAGUUUGGGGAAAUGGUGUCUCUAGGGUUCAAGCCUGACCGGGUUUCUUUCGUCUCGAUGCUUACCGUAUGCAGGCAUAGUGGGCUGGUAAAGGAAGGAAUGGAUUUGAUUCAGAGGAUGAAAUCCGAUUAUGGAGUGGAACCAGAAAUGGAACAUUAUCGAUGUGGAGUGGACCUUCUGGUCAGAAAUGGAUACACGAAGGAUGCCGAGAAGUUCAUCGCUGAAAUGCCAUUCCCACCAGAUGCAUCCGUUUGGCGUACAUUUCUCGAAGGAUGCAAGAGAUUCAUCGUCGAAAGAUAAACGGGCAAGUUUGCGUUGUAACAAGAACGGAGCGGGAAAAAAAGCUUGGAAACCAACAGAGCUGUAGGUCGAAAUUUGAAUUCAAACGGUCCAAUGAUGAGAUCACAUGCCAAGAAAGCUGCAACGAGAUGAUUCUUGAUGUUUUUAGACCAAGAAAUGCCAUCUUUCUAUGCAACCUUUCAAACUUCCUAUGGACUGUUCAAAUUUUCCUUUUUUAAAUUUGAAUUUGUAUGUAAUAAUAAACGA